CACAGCUCCAGCCCAGCAGCGUGAAUUCUGUGUGUGUGUGUGCUGCAGGGUCUAAUGAGGAAACACCAUGAUUCACUCCACACUUUCUGGCUUUGCUAAAGAUUCUGGAGCCUCGAGGUUUAACAGAUUGUAAACAGCCAAAGGCAAAUUGAAGCGAUGAACGUUACUUCAGUGCGGUUCAUCUCGAACACAACCUUCACAUGGAGAAAAAUGUGAGAAAUUUAAGUGCGAAGUCCAAUGCUCGUUAAAUCCUGGUCCCUUCAGUGUCUGCCUGUGUCUAGGGAUCGUCUGUCUCUAGGCAUCUUGUCAAUGGCAACCCAAAGAAGGCGCUUUGUAAAAGAAUUCAACCCACAUAUCACUUGUUAUAUCUGUAAAGGCUAUCUGAUCAAGCCAACCACAGUCACCGAGUGCCUGCACACAUUUUGUAAGAGUUGCAUUGUCCAGCAUUUUGAAGAAAGCAAUGAUUGCCCCAAAUGUGGGAUUCAAGUUCAUGAAACAAACCCUUGGGAAAUGCUAAGAUUAGACAAUACUCUUGAAGAAAUCAUAUUUAAACUGGUACCAGGUCUACGGGAAGAAGAGGAAGACCGGGAAUCAGAAUUCUGGAAGAGGAAAAGACCACAAGAGAAUGGAGAAGAUGGGCUUCCAAGCAAUAAAAGACUUAAAGAUGAUGAAGAAGAAAAUGAUGAAAACAAAGACUACCACAGAAGCGACCCACAGAUUGCCAUCUGUCUGGACUGUCUACGUAAUAAUGGCCAGUCUGGUGACAACAUAGUGAAGGGACUGAUGAAGAAAUUCAUUCGCUGUUCAAGACGCAUAACAGUUGGGACUAUUAAAAAGUUUUUAAGCUUAAAAUUAAAACUACCAAGUACAUACGAGCUGGAUGUACUAUGCAAUGGUGAAAUCAUGGGAAAGGACCACACAAUGGAGUUCAUAUAUAUGACGAGGUGGCGACUAAGGGGUGAAAAUUUUCAGUGUCAGAACAAUUCGACUGCACUACGUAAGUCGCUCAGUGAUAUUGCUCCUGAUUCAGAGACAUCCUCAAUCUCUUAUCCCAUGGUAUUGCAAUAUCGGCCAAGGAUUGACUUUGGUUAAUCGGUCGGGAACACUGAGAAGAAUCCUGCACUAUACGUUUACUCAUCGACAGAUUGCACAAUGAAUGGAUGUGCCUAAUUACAUGGACUAAAAGGACACCGUCUAUUUUUCAGCAUGCAGAACAUGGCUGUGGUCUCUUUCCAACCUGCCAGUAGUGUCAUUUGUAGCUACCAUUAUGAAACCAAGUGCCAUUCUGCUGUGAAGCAUCGGGCUGACGUCUAGGUGUGCUGUCCGCAGCCUUGGUGGAUGUAAUAGUGUACCCACACAUCUUGUUGAUGUCUGGUCGGAGCCAACAUUUUCACAUUGCUACUACUUCAGCCCCUUGUGGUCUUAUUGUUACCAAGUCUUUGGUAUAUUGCUCAUGGUUAGUAAUAUAGUGAAAUCUAUAACUAUUUCCUAUGGAUAUUUGUGACUGACAAUAACUAGACAUAACAUGACUUAAAAUGGUCAUCAUCAAAAGCAUUUAAAUGAUAUUGCAGCCAGGAAUAUUUAUCACCUACCCACUAAGUAGGUGAUAAAUGUUAGGUCAGUGGGGGUCUGACUGCAGAGACGCUUAUAAUGGCUGGAAUGGGAGACUGCGGUUGUGGUGAGGGGGAUUUUUUAUGGAGUAGUGACUGACCAGUUGAUCUGCUCUUACAUACUGUACUGUAUAGUAGCUCAACGCAGUUGCAGGAGACCUGUUUUCAGCAUUCUUUCAAUUGGUGGGGGUCUUUGUAGUGAAAUUCCAACAGAUUUACAUUCAUCACCUGUCUGCUAGAUAGAUGAUAAAUGUCUCUGACUGAGAUAUCUCAUUAACUAACAGGGAUGAGCAAACCCGAACUUCACCGGGUUCAGGUUCAGUAUU